CGGAGUAUAAAGGCGAGCGCGGCACCCGGCCGCUCACUCCGCCACCCGCGCAGCUGCUGCCAGGAUGGCUGGCUUCGCGGCCUUGGUCCUUCUCGGGCUGCUGUCGCUGUCUGGACUGGACGCCAUCCAGCGUAUUCCAGAGGUCCAGGUAUACUCAAGACACCCGCCAGAAGAUGGAAAGCCAAAUUACCUGAACUGCUAUGUGUAUGGGUUCCAUCCACCCCAGAUUGAAAUCGAUUUACUGAAGAACGGGGAGAAGAUUAAAUCGGAGCAGUCAGACCUGUCUUUCAGCAAGGACUGGUCUUUCUACCUUCUGUCCCAUGCUGAGUUCACUCCCAACAGCAAGGAUCAGUACAGCUGCCGAGUGAAUCACGUUACUUUAACACAACCCAAGAUAGUUAAGUGGGAUCGAGACCUCUAAGCAGCACCAUCAAGAUUGAAGAUUCUUCAUUUGGUCUAAUUCCAAAUUCUCUUUCCUUGCUCUUUAAUACUGCUAUGCUUUUCUGCUUUAUGAACAUAACAAGAAGUCGUAUUCAUGUUACCACAAAUACUUUCUUUAUAAUUCUACCUUGGGCCCUACUUGUCCAUGUUUGACCUGUCUAGGCAGGUGUCUGUGGUAGAGGCGCUGGCAUCGUGGAGUUGGGGAAGACAAUUGCAGAUUUAACAUCAGCAUCUGGUUGUCUUCUCAUACAAAACUGGGUAAUAGAUACUUAGGCACAUUAAAGUGAGCCUCCAAUUUUGUAACUUUGUUUACAAUUUUGGGAAAAUUUUAGAAAGAUAAUUUUUAGAAAUAUGGGAAUUUGUUAAUUUUUAGAAUUAUGGAGCUUGUGGAUGAAGCAUUUUGCCAUUUAAAAUUUAUAUGUUAUCUCCUGUAUCUGUUAGAAACUUGGUUGUGCCUUGUUUUACUAUAUAUUUUGUUUUACUAUUUAAAACAAUGGUAAAACAUUGUGUUCAGCUCCUCAAAGGAACAACAGCUGACUUCUCAGUGUCAGUGGGAUCCAGAACAUAGCAGAAAGUCAUCAUGAAUGUGAUGAAACAACUUGCUAUCUAAAAUUCUGUAUUCAAUAAAAAUCUUUAAAGAAAAUGACCGCAUGAUAAACAUUAUUAGAUAACUAAGAUUGCAGCACCUGUCAGAUCCUCACUAAGAUUCUAGAUGAUACAUUUGAGGCAGAGGGAAGGCCCAAAAUGUGAGAGAAAAGGGAGAGUAAUGGAAAUGUAUCAAUUUUGUAAUCUAAAUAUAAAAUAGUAGUGGUUUCUAAAGUGGUUAGAAAAAUAAAACACAACAAUAACCUAAGUAUAGAAAGAGUAAACAAUGUUAAAGUAUUCGAUGGACUUUUUACCCUGAAGGGUAAAGUUACAAAUUUUUGGUGAUUUAAAUAUGUACAAUAUAUUUGGGGGCUGUCCUCAGAAAGAACAUAGGCUGAAUAUUUAAUAUCCAACUAGAAGAUGCCAUAGGAGCUUAUGGAGUGGUAGUAAUGUUUCACUUUUUGACAUGGAUGGUAGUUACAACAGAUUUUGCUUUGUAAUUUUUUGUUAAAAGUACAUAUAUUCUGCUCAUUUGAAAGAAAUCUUAUGUUUCACAAUAAUAAAAUUUAUUAAUGUGGUUUA